UUUAAAUGCUGUAGUUACCCUGGGAUGUUUCGGUUGUGUAUUUGGUAAUAAUAUGUACCUAUGUCUGCUAGGUACAACAAAAAGGAGAAGGAGGGGGAUCUCAAGAUCCUAAUGCAAGGCAUUGGUCUUCCAACAGCUUCUAUGACUGGACAAGGAGAACCAGCACCAAAACCGAAGCCAGUGUCUUUGCAGUCUGGAGAGACUCCUCCCUUCCAGUUUCAGUGUCCACCUGAUACUGCUGGCAUGGCCAAGUUAAAGAAAAGGACCAUAAAAGCGCCAUUAACACCAACUUUACUACCGCCAAUCCCCCCUAUGCCUUCUUCACCUGUCUCUGGACCUGUACAGUCCCAAGUGAUAGUGACACCACCACUGCCCACAACCAUGGUAACAACUGUACAGCCAGGACAGAAGAGGAAAGCUGUGGAUGCAGGGAUGGUAAAGAAAAGAAAGACCGCAACUGUCAAGUGCCCUAAGUGUGGAGAAGAGAGAACACCUCCCACUCACCAACAGUACAUGGGCUUCAGAUACUGUGGAAAGACAGAGACAACAUCCUUUGAUGAAUGGAGGGCAAGUUUAAAAGAAAGGGCCAGGAAAGGAAAGGACCGCAGUAGAGCCAUGUGAAGUCUGCAGAAGGGCAGCCAGUUUCCACAGUUGAGCCUCCUCAGUCAUCUGUUGCUACCAUACAUUUGUAUGAAGGACAAUUUGUGGAGUAGGAAAUGGUAGCAAAAAAAGCCAUAAAAAUUUAAAGCAGCCUGCCCUAUUACAAAUAUUUCUUUUAAUAUUGGGAUACAGUAGAAGGCUCCAAGCCCUUGCAAAAGCAGAGGAAAUUUUUUUUUGACUUUCUUAACUAAUCCAAAUUUGUCAUAUAUAUAUGUUGAUAUUUUCAUGAAAUUGUGUAAAAAAUGUUGGUUUUUCAUAAAUCUGUGUCAUAUAGCAAGUUCUGCAAAGAAGAAAAAGCUUCCAUAGUUCUAUAGUAUCAAAAACAACACUGUAAUUGUAAUGAUAUAGAAUAUCUGCUUACUUUUGUCCAGGACUCCAUCCCCUUAUUUGGCCAAGUUAGACAAUCCUGAUUCUAAUGCAAACAUCCCAGUCCCCAUGGUCAGAAGCUCUUCAAUCAGGUGAAACACCAGGAACAACAGACGAAACUGUACCAUCAAAGGAUGGCUGUACUGUAAGUGGUACAUUAGGCUAUGGUGAUGUUCACAAUACUGAGAGUGACAUAUGUUUGGGGGGUGAGGUCAAAGCUUGGAGGGUCAAAUGUCAAGGUUUGAAGAGUGAAUGGCUAAGGUGUUCAGGACGAAUAGUCAAUGUUUGUAGAGUAAAAGGACAUGGUUUGAAGGAUGAAAGGUCAAGGCUUGAAUGGUGAAAGGUUUAAAUUUUGAAGGUUAAAGGUCAAUGUUUAGAGGGACAAAGUUAAGGGUUUGUAUGGUAAAAAGUCAAGGUUUGGAGACUGAAAGAUCAAAUUUUUGAGGGUUAAAGGUAAUAAUUAAGGUUUGGAGGGACAAAAGGAAAGGUUUAUGAUUGCAGUGUGAGAGGUCAAGGUUUGGAGACUGAAAGGUCAAGGUUUUGAGGGUGAAUUGUUGGGUUUUUUAGGUAUAUUUCCGCAGCAAUAGUAAUAAAGUGAAGUUCGUCUGAUAUAAACCUUCUUCGUAUUAAUUAUAACCAUACAAUGUUGUUAACUUUAGCUCACCUGGUCCGAAGGACCAAGGUGAGCUUAUGCCAUACCGUUGCGUCCGUCUUCCGUC